AUGCCAGUGGUAAGUAUUCGUCAGCCUCUUAGCAUUAGCACCUGCAUUCCCUCACCUGUGCUGUCUUGUCAAAUGAACCCCAUUUCUCCAAAGCAGUAUCUGACCAGGGUAGGGGUGAGAGAUCUGCCCAUGGGACCAGUGGCUUGGAUUCCACCCCCACAAGGCCGUGUGUGGUUGACUUCUAGCUGCCCAGGGGUUGUUCCUGCCCAGGGAGCUUGGGCCGUCUGCUCUCUGGGCAUCUUUGGCCAGGCAGCUCGGACCCCUCACUUGCCUGAGUCUUCUGCUUGGCUUCAGCCUCCAGGCAACAAGUUGCCACCUCCCACUGCCAAUGCUUUAUUUAAUUUGUGGUUUUUUUUUUUCAUUUGGGGCCAAAAAGCUCAUGACACCAUAAGCUUCAAUAUAAGAAUAAAAUUCUGGAGUUCCAUGUUUUUCACCACACUUUCCCAGUUAAAGGUCCAUGUGUGUAUCCAUUUAGUCACUCAUUUACUUCAUUCAACGAAUAUUUAA